CCGCACUAGGAUUUUCGAUUCGCCUGAUGAAGUAUAGAAACUAUCAACAUCGUGAAUGUGAAACUCGAAAUUGCUCUCAGCAUCGUAGUCGGUAAUGGAGACAACAUCGCAAUGUGAAUGCCAUGAGCGUCUGAAUCGCCAUCGAAGUUCGAGAAACAAGCCCACGGUGCUCGAGCCAACAAUCGCAAUCGUCCAGGUCCCAUUGUUGAUUUCUCGAUAUAAAACGUGGUCACGGGGAUGGCAAAUGACUUCUUGUCCUUAGAUCAGCGCUUGACCGACGUCGUACCUUUUUUAUGCGGAUCGCACAUAGAAAGAUAUUAGACGAAAACGCGUCAGGACAUCAAACACAAACAAGAUAUUAAACCGGCAUCAACCCUAAUCAAACACAAACAACUCCAAGAACAUAUGAUGAAGCCACACGCAAACAGUAAUGAUGUAGCUCUCCGUCCCGCGCGACCUCUGCUCACGUUUCACAGCCUUACGGAGUUGCUCUCCCCGGCUGCUUCACGGGAAGCGCUUCUGACGUUGUUUCAGUAUGUGUUUCUGUUUCUCCGGGAGGCGGUGCCCUCGCAGCAGGAACGCUUUGGAAAUGCACUCAGCAAAAUUAGCACCACCAGGAAGACCUUGCGCUGGGGGACCGCUUUGGAAGCCAUAUCGAGCAUAAUCGACGACGUAAAGCGAUUUUGGCGGGAACGCAAAGCGCAGCUUGAAACCGCCAAAAAGUUGUCGAUGCACAACAAUACGGUACGCAAAGUUGCGAGGAAAGACGUUGGGACGACCACGUCGGUAGUGCCUGCAGCUACGUCUCAUCUCAUCAAACAUGCAGCUCCUGUUCCUACCACAAGCCCCUUUCCGCUCCUGCUUCGUGCCAUCGCCACGGCAGGUGAUUUGUUCUACAUGAGCUUGGAGCACGUGAUCUCGCUCUCCGAGCUACGCCUGUUCCCUUUUCUGCCAAAGGGGCAAUUGUCAAGCGAAGUAUUGUAUGGAUUGCAAAUAAAGUAUCGCACUCCUCGUAGCGAUUCCACUUAUGCAAGACAAAUCUGGACUCUUAGGUAAAUCUAAAUGAUGUAAAUCAGCAUUUACCAUCAAUUCAAUUUUUUCUUCUGGGAAAAUUUGCAACGAUAUCUGUGUGUACUACGUGCGAUACUUUUACCAUGCAUAUCUUGGAGGUGGUCGAUGGUGUCUCGGAGUUGGGCGACAUCACCUGCUCCGUGUGCACCGUUCUGGCAAACGCGGUAGAGGAAAAAAACGAGCGGAACUACUUGAAAGCCACGACUUCAUCUACGGUACCGCAGCUGGACAGCCCAGCUAAAAAUGUCGCCAGGCGAUCUGGAAGUGGCACGGGAAGUAUAAGCACCACGGACGAUUUCGUGCCUGGUGACGAGCAACACGACCGUCCACCGCAAGUAGAAGCAGGCAUCGACGGUAGUACUACCGACCUAGAUCUGCCGUUCGAAAGUGCUACGUCUUCCGGAGGUGAGGAGGCGGAUGAGGAGGGGUGGAAGCGAGGUGGAGGACGUGACAAAAUCAGCAAUGAUGAUCGUGAUCCACCCUACAGCAAAUACAACUACCCAGACCAGCACGAUUUCGAUUUCCAACUCGAUAGACGCCUCGUCGCUUUUCAUCGUCAGCAGCAAACAGCGACGAUUUCGAAAUUGAUUCGACGAUGGGAGGUGUUUUCCCAUUUGCUCUUCCUCCCUGUUUGGGCGUUCUGGAUGACGAGUGCGCUGCGGCCAAAGACCGGACCCGUGGUCAAAGCGAAGCUUGCUGGGCUGCUCGGAAUUCUGGCGCAAUUGUGUCAGUUCCGUAUCAUGAGGUUGAAGCAAAUACGGGCGCAAGUCUUGUCCUGUUAAAUAACCAGCAGGGCGACCAUAGUACUUUGUCAACACUACGAGCAGAUCGAGAACUCUAUCUCUCCAAAAGCUGCUUCUGUGCUUCUUUAUCUUCUACUUUUUCACUAUUGCGGUCUACUGGCAACUCGCCCUGCUGCUCCUGCAACCCCAGAGAUGAGGAAAGUUGUAUGAUGAAAAUGAACAGAAUAUUACACCAUACAGACACGCGGC